AACGUGCGUUUCCUCGAGAUCGGAUGCUCUCCCUGAUCUUUUGAAAAGCAUUCAUCGGCUUUUUGUUCCUUCUCCCGACGAGAUUCUUAGCAGAAGCGUUCUCAUAUUAUUGGCAAACCAAAUGCAAAACAAAAGAACGAAAUGCAACAUUUCUGUUGGAACAACAAUGAUGCAGUUUGUACAAAUGACUUGAGUACGAAGUAUGAAGAGAGAGGGGAAUGAAGAGGAGCAUGCGCAGAAAUAUGUAACACCAUUAAGCCUCGAACGAUCCCAACUCGAGAGGGGAGAAACACAGAGAGUCAAAUGACGGGAACAAUAACGUAAAGUUCUUAGUAGAGCCUGUGCAUACGAGGAAAAGUGUUUGUUUCGGAGGUAUAUUUUCGUCGUAUAAAAAACACGACUAUCAAUUACUUUCCAACUAUAAAAGACUACUGUUGAGCGAAUGUUUGUGCAACGAUAUAUACAGUGAAACAUUUCUAAACAACAUAGAAUUAAUAAUCCAAGUAUUUAAAAAAAAAGGAUAAUAUAAGAUUUUUUAAUAGUUUACUAGAUUUCAAUGCUUUUGCUUAUUACGGUCGAAACGCUUCAAUUAAUCAUGCUAACCUUUCACGGCCUAUAUAACUUUCAAACGUUACUUUCCAUUCGUUAAUAGAAUAGAGCCAUUGGAAAAAGUAAUGUUAAGAUUAAAUCGAAUAUUAUUUUUGAGUUAUCAGUAAAUAGUGUGAUGCUAGUCAAGUGUAGUAUAUAUUUUACAGAAUAUAAGAACGUUAGGGGAUUUCGUUCUUAGAUAUUCUGUCCGAAUAACAGUACCACCUUAAAGUUUCUCACAUCGUUCUGUCGUGUCGUCUUGAAUACUUGCACGCAGGAUUUGUGCUGUAUGUAAAUACAAAUGCGUCACGUUAAAACAAUAUUUGUACGUUUUAAAAUCGUCACAUAAUAUUUCACACUUGUACAUGGUUAAAAAGGUAUUUAUUGAUAUAUCUGCGAAUAAAAUAUGUAUGAAAAUAAUUUAACCUUCACCUUCGAAAUCGAUCUGUUUGUAAUUCGAUAACAAUAAAUAUUAGAUAUAAUUCGUGACUUGUUACGAUAGUUGUCAAUGUAGCGUCAACGAAUAUCAUAAGAUAUCUCUAUUUAUUUAACUGUGCGGAAGACGCAAUCGUAAAAAUCCCAUCAAAGGUUACUAUAUAUCUGAGGGACAAAGUAAAUCUAUGCUGUAAUGCUUAUUUUUGACAAAGGAACUGUAUAAACAUAUAAAGUCUUUAAUUAUACUAAAAUUAAUACAAAACAUAAUAUAUAGAUAUAUUUACUAAUAAUUACUAAUUAUUACUAAUUUAAAUGCAAAGAACGAACAAUUUUUAAAAAUAUUUAGAAUUAGAUUUAACACGUAUCUGUUAGAUCAACUGCGAUUUCCGGAGGAUUAAAAAUAAAUAAUAAAGAAAGAAAUAUUACAGAAAUGACUAACUUAAAUCAACCGAUAUUAAAAACAAUCACGUUUUAAAUAGGGAUAUGCACAUGUAAUAAGAUUACGAUAGAUACGACAAAACUUUAAGAGAGGCUAUUUUUAAUACAGUGAAACCGAUUUUUAUAAAUUUUUAAUUAUUAUAAAUUUGGACAAAUAUGAUUACCGACUCAUUUUUUCCGAACAAACAAGUAUCGCUUCUUAAAGAUUUCUAUAUAAGACAUCACAACGAUAUGAGAAACUUAUUACCUAUAUCGAAAUGGAAGGGCAGGCGCUCAAAAUAUCGAUCGAUUAUUGUCGAAAUUGUCUGAAUCACCGGAAGAGCUAAUAGCUACACGCGGAUGUGAUUCACGUUUAUAUGAAUUAAACGUGACCUACUGGAGAUAAAAAAGUAUUAUCAAUCGAGAACAAAUCUUCGAGAUGUUAUAUAUCUUAGUAAUUUUUCCGCAAACAAAACGCGCGAUAUGAUUCUAAUCCAAUUACUGACGUAUCUAAUUAUCAAUGUAAUCGGUACAUUCGACCCUUACCAUUGAGCUUAGCGUUUAGCAAUCUAUGUGUACAUUUCGCAUAAACACACAGUAUUAUGAAAUGUUGUUAUAAACAUACGACGUCUUAGUGUCAGAGAUUCCAAAGCCGUUACGUAUUAUGAAUAGUGUUUUAUUUUGGUAUUUUUUUCAAAUUGUACGAAGAAUCUCGUUCUGCAUUAUACGAUUGAUUUAUUCCGAGCCGUGAGAAACUUGAAUUGUAGUAGACUUUUAAGUAAGGUCAAAGUAAUGACAGCUAUGUCACACUAUUUAAUUCCGUAUUGUUAAACAUGACUCACCAUCAAUAACAUUUUUGAUAUGAAAAACAACAGGGGACUAGAGGAGGAAGUACGAUAUUUACAUACCAAUUCGUAAACGAUAAUUAUAAGAAGUUACGGUACUAUAGAAUUUUGUCAACUGAAUUUUCAUUCAUGUACAACUUGUUUAAGAAGUGAAUACAAAUGUAUCUUUAUUUACUAUGGUUACUGUGGAUCAGCAAUAUGACGCACGACACGGAAUGAAUCACAAAAUAUACUAAUUAACUAAUUGAUUAACAAGUAUUAAAUACUCUAAUGGAUCAAAUAUAAGUCCUUAUGCACCGGUUCAUCUAUAUAUAUAUAUAUAUAUAAUUGAAAUAUUUAACCCUUAUAUAUAUAUAUAUAUAUAAAUAUAUAUAUAUAUAUAUAAUUGAAAAAUUUAACCCUUCAAGAAUCAAAUAAAUAGACUUACAAAAUGAAGAUACGAAACAUCCAUGUAUGCUUUCUGUUUUUCUGCAUAAUAUGGGGAACAUUGAGUAUAAAAUACGAUACAACAUUGAUCGACGAAAUGCGAAAUAAGUUGUUGCAAUUGGAGAAAACAUUAGAGAGAGAUUUGUUUCACUCAAGGCUCCACGAGUUUGAAGAUGGUGGAAAGUACCUAUGGCUCAUAAAAAGUUUCAAGAAAUUCGGCGAUGAACUAGAACGAAACUUCUCAACCAAUGGUUAUGAAAAUUUAAAUGCAUUGAGUUCUAUUUGGUUAUGGGCUCGAACAGAAAACGAACUAAAAAGAAUAGAUGGUCUGUACCAAGUUUUUCGAACGAUGCAAGAGGAGAUAGUCGGCAGAAAGAUUCCUCUUGAUAUACCGAAGCUGAGCGAUUUCUGGGAUAUAAUUCUACACGAUCCGAAUGCGUCAAUUGUACGCGCCCUCACUCGAAUCGGUGACCUGAUAGUGCACGAAAAAUUGUUCGUUUCGGCUUAUCAGGAAGCAGCUUCGCAAAUUUGUAAUGAAAAUCAGUCGCUUCAGCAAUUGCUCUAUAAUUUAUAUACAACGGUAACCCUAACGGAAAUCAAGGGUUAUGGUAUGAUCCAAUUCUCUUAUAAGCUGCUGCGGCUUUAUAACCCAGGUACUAAUUUCACUGAAGAAAUGGAAGUGGUGAAGCAACAGUAUGAGACGAGAACGAUGGAAACUCUGCGGGCUGUUAAAACAGCCAUGGCGUUUGCUCCACGACAACUCUGGAGAUGUGAUGCGAGAUCACAUAAAUUAGAUGAAACAUACACCAAAUUAACACAGUUGUUCCAAGGAUAUAUCGUGAACGAAGUGGACUUAAACAAGGACUCGAGUUGCAGAGAAAAUUGUGCUUAUUACGAAUAUUCGAAAGUUCAUGGAUGUUACAAAAAUCAAUUUUGCUCCCAACAGCGCAAAUGUAACGGUCGAAUACUAAAAUGCGAAUAUAUUGAUUCCGAUAUGUGGAUUUGUCCUUCGAUACAGGAAAGUGAUCGAAGAUACGAAUACAUAGAAUAUGAAAAUGGUCGACUGUUCGGACAAAAAGAUACUUGCAAGAGAGGAACAACCAAAGUAGAUAGCUGGUGGCGUUGGUUAUUCUGGCACUGUAGCUAUUGUUUUUGUUACUGUGAUGACAAUAAUAUAAACUCUGAUCGAUACUUUAGCUUAAGGGAAGUUGUAUCUGAUGUAGCAAACAAUAAAGUCGUGACGGGCAUCCGAUUCAAGAAAGUGAAGCAAAUAAUACAUAUGCAGAUACAGGAAGGUGAAUUGAUGCCACAUGGAUACAUUAAUAAAUCCUCUAUAUGGUGGAAACCAAUAGAAGAGUUCAGUGUAUUAAAUAACAAUGUUAAAAAUGGUGUUGACUAUCACACAUUAUCAUGGGAAAAAAGGGGGUUAGAUUUAGAUGAUCUAGUCCUUGAUGACAAUUUGCUUUUGACAGGACUCAAGUUCCGAAUGAUUGGUUCACGAUUAAACUUAGAAGCAAGAAUGACAUCUUUUAAUUUCACGACUGGGAAAUUAAUAAAACCGCUAGAAAGGAGUUUCUGGAUCAGUCAUGAUAGAACCAAUAGAACUGAAGUGACAUUUGAGAAUCCUGAUAUACCAACUCGAUUACCUCUUCUAGCACUACCAGACUCGAAACCAUUCCAAUACCUGAAUUUUGCACCAAGCGAUCAAAAAAAAGACGUUGCUCAAAACACAAUACCAUUCAUUGAUAUUCAACCAGUAGAAUCAAAUCCACCAGUUCCAAUUGCAGGUGCCGGAAUUUUUCACAAAGGCCGACCAGGAUCGGGUGGAUUUGUAGCAAUGAGAUUGAUUACAUAUGAUUUUAGUAAACAUUUACAAGUUGAUUUAUCUCCUUCUGCAGAUACAGUUAUCGAUGCUCCAAAUGAAAUAAGAGUAGUAUGAAUGUAAUUUAUACGCGUAUUACUAAGAUAUAGUUCGUAACUAUCUUUUGUGUUUUAUUUCUACUUUCAUAUGUCUUUCAUUAAUUUACAUUUAAGUCUGAUAAGUGUGAUUUAUAAAAUUGAUUAUAUAUCAGUAAUAACUCCCUUUUUUUAGAAACAAUUCUCCAUUAAACAAUUGUUUUUUGUGCCAUCUUAGCAUGUAUAACUCUUUUAAAACAACAUAUCACAAAAGUUAAA